AUGGUUUUCUCUGACCAAAGAAGCCUUACUAUUCUCAUGCUUCCAUGGCUAGCUCACGGCCAUAUAUCUCCCUACCUAGAGCUAGCCAAGAAGCUGACCACCAAGAGAAAUUUUCACAUCUUUAUUUGUUCCACGCCUGUAAAUCUCAGCUCCAUCAAGCCUAAACUCUCCCAAAAAUAUUCUCAUUGCAUUGAAUUUGUGGAACUCCAUCUUCCACAUGCUGACUUGCCUGAACUCCCACCGCACUACCACACCACCAAUGGCCUCCCUCCCCAUCUCAUGUCCACUCUCAAAACGGCCUUCGACAUGUCCAGCAACAACUUCUCCAACAUCCUCAAAACCCUAAGCCCAGAUUUGCUCAUAUAUGAUGUUCUUCAACCAUGGGCGCCCUCUCUAGCUUCAUUACAAAAUUUUCCAUCCAUCGAAUUCAUCCCCAUGGGCGCUGCCUUGACUUCAUUUAGUAUUCAACAUCUCAAGAACCCUAGUGUCAAGUUUCCUUUUCCUUCGAUUUAUCUUCAAGAUUACGAAGCUGAAAAGUUCAACAAUUUGUCGGAAUCUUCAGCAAAUGGCAUCAAAAAUGGAGACCGUCUUCAGCAAUGCAGUGCUCGAUCUUGUAACAUCAUUUUGGUCAAGACAUCAAGAGAGAUUGAAGAAAAAUAUAUUGAUUAUCUUUCUGAUUUAAUAGGGAAGAAGAUCGUGCCUGUUGGCACACUUGUUCAAGAGCCAAUGGAUCAAAAAGUUGAUGAGGAAACAUGGAUCAUGAAAUGGCUGAACAAAAUGGAAAGGUCUUCCGUUGUGUAUGUUUGCUUUGGCAGUGAGUACUUUCUGUCCAAGGAGCAAAUAAAAGAGAUUGCUCACGGAUUAGAACUUAGCAAAGUGAGCUUCAUUUGGGCUAUAAGAUUUCCUAAGGAGGAGAAAAGUACUAGGGUUGAAGAGGUGUUACCAGAAGGGUUUUUACAGAGGGUGGGAGAGAAGGGAGUGAUAGUGGAGGGUUGGGCUCCACAAGCAAAGAUACUGCAGCAUUCUAGUGUUGGUGGGUUUGUGAGUCACUGCGGAUGGAACUCAGUGUUGGAGAGCAUCAAGUUUGGUGUUCCAAUUAUAGCCAUGCCUAUGCAUCUUGACCAGCCAAUCAACGCUAGACUAGUGGAGGAGGUGGGUGUUGGUGUGGAGGUUAAGAGAGCAGGUGAAGGAAGUUUGCAAAGAGAAGAGGUCGCAAAGGUGAUUAGAGACGUGGUUGUGGAGAAAAUUGGAGAGGGAGUGAGAAAAAAGGCAUUGAAAAUAAGAGACAACAUGAACAAGAAAGAGGAUGAAGAGAUUGAUGGGGUCGUGGAGGAACUGAUGCAAGUUUGUACGGGAAGGAAAUCUAAGUGA